AUAAUGUACUAUAUACAGUGCCAGGCCUACCAGCUUGUGAAACUUUUGGUUGGCGACGAGGAAUAGUGAGUGACAACUUGGCUGAUCCCCAACGUCACAUUUCGAAGAGCUCCAGACUGGUUCACAUGCAUAUAUAAAAAGUGGAGCCAUCCGAAUUUUGUUUGUCAGUUAAUGCCCAUCAAUCGAAUCAAUCGAAUCAAUCCCACCACAGCCAUGGGUAGCGCGUCGCUAAAGUUCUAUCUGAUAUGUCUGCUAGUUGUCUGCGUGAUCGGUUGGAGUGCUGGAGCACCCAGUGCGCAACUUUCACGGAAGGAACUCGAGGAUCGGUAUCGAGAAAAGCCGCCGGUGCCCGAUGAGCGAAAUGCAGAUGCAGAAUUGGAUAAUGCCUUCGAUCGGAAUACCAAAAGACCUUGAAGUCCGAAUCUGAAUGGCCAGAGCCACCCUACGCACCCUAUUUGGAGUGCCUCUUUUUAUGUCGUAUUCAGGGUUAUGGCUAUGUAGUUCUAAGCUUAGGCAAAAUGUACAAGCUUAAAAUAAAGCAAUUACUUGGGUGAAACGUG